AUGCAGGGGUCCCCCGCUCCCGCCCCGGGCACGGCGCCUGGCUCUCCUCGGGGCUCCCCGCGCAGCUCUCCCGGCCUCUUCAGGAAGCUCUUGGCGAACCAGAGCAUCCGCCUGCAGCGUCGCUUCACUGUGGCCCAUCCGCUGUGCUUUGACCUGGAAAAUGGGCUUUCAGGCGGGAGGAGUGCUCUGGCCUCUCAGACCAGCUCAGGCCUGGGCAGGGCAGGCCAGACCUCUGCCACACACAGCCAACGGCGGGAAUCCUUCCUGUACCGCUCAGACAGUGACUUCGAGUUCUCGCCCAAAGCUAUGUCCAGGAACUCCUCCGUGGCCAGUGACCUCCACGCCGAGGACCUGAUUGUGACGCCCUUUGCCCAGGUCCUGGCCAGUCUGCAAACGGUUCGGAGCAACGUGGCGGCCUUCGCCCUCCUGCAGGGCCGCGGGGUGGGCAAAUGGACAUCCGGCGGGAACCCUCCAUCCGGCAGUCAGCCCCCUCCACCCACAGAGGACAAUGGGCAGAAGCUGGCAUUGGAGACGCUGGACGAGUUAGACUGGUGCCUGGACCAGCUGGAGACACUGCAGACAAGGCAUUCAGUGGGGGAGAUGGCCUCCAACAAGUUCAAGAGGAUGCUGAACCGAGAGUUGAGCCACCUGUCAGAAACUAGUCGCUCUGGGAACCAGGUGUCCGAGUUCAUCUCCCGGACCUUCCUGGACCAUGAGACGGAGGUGGAGUUGCCCAGUGUGGCUCCUGCAGAGCUGUCACGGCCCAUGUCCCAGAUCAGCGGCCUACGUGAGCUUUCUCCCAGUGCCAGCCUCUCCACUGCCACUGUCCCUCGCUUUGGCAUCCAGACUGACCAGGAGGGACAAUUGGCCAAGGAGCUGGAGGACACUAACAAGUGGGGGCUUGACGUGUUUAAGGUGGCAGAACUAAGCGGGAACCGGCCCCUCACAGUCAUCAUGUUCAGUAUUUUUCAGGAGCGGAACCUGCUUAAGACAUUCCAGAUCCCAGCCAACACACUGCUCACCUACCUGCUGACGCUGGAGGGCCACUACCACGCUGACGCGGCCUACCACAACAGUCUCCAUGCUGCUGACGUAGCUCAGUCCACACAUGUUCUGCUGGCCACACCUGCCCUCGAGGCCGUGUUCUCAGACCUGGAAAUCCUGGCUGCCAUCUUUGCAAGUGCCAUUCAUGAUGUGGACCAUCCUGGAGUCUCCAACCAAUUUCUGAUCAACACUAACUCCGAGCUUGCCCUCAUGUAUAAUGACGCCUCCGUGCUGGAGAACCACCACCUGGCUGUGGGCUUCAAGCUACUGCAGACGGAGAACUGUGACAUCUUCCAGAACCUCAGCCCCAAGCAAAGGCUAAGCUUGCGCAGGAUGGUCAUCGACAUGGUGCUGGCCACCGAUAUGUCCAAACACAUGAACCUGCUGGCUGACCUCAAGACCAUGGUGGAGACCAAGAAGGUAGCCAGCCUCGGUGUCCUUCUGCUGGACAACUACUCCGACCGCAUCCAGGUCCUGCAGAACCUUGUGCACUGUGCUGACCUCAGCAACCCCACCAAGCCGCUGCCCCUGUACCGCCAGUGGACCGACCGCAUUAUGGCUGAGUUCUUCCAGCAGGGCGACCGGGAGCGUGAGAUAGGCCUGGACAUCAGCCCCAUGUGCGACAAGCACACGGCCUCCGUGGAGAAGUCCCAGGUCGGUUUCAUCGACUACAUCGUCCACCCAUUGUGGGAGACGUGGGCUGACCUGGUACACCCUGAUGCCCAAGGCCUGCUGGACACACUGGAGGACAACCGCGAGUGGUAUCAGAGCAGAAUCCCUCGCAGCCCCCCAGCUCCCAGAAGCCCUCAGCGAGGCAGUCUUGACCCAGUGGGGCGGUUCCAGGUUGAGCUGACCCUGGAGGAGGCAGAAGAGGAGGAGGAGGAGGAAGUGCAGGCAGCAUUGUGUGCGGAGGCCUUAAAGUUGGCUGCCACUGAGCUCCCAUCCCCCAAGUCCAGCCUGGACCCCCAGAUCCCCCAGCUGGACAACCGUCGGACUGUGCACAAGCCUUUCAUGGACUGUGAGGACAAAGUGAUGGCUGACUUUGGCACCUAA